CAAUGGGUAAUGGUUAUUCUCAUAAUUAUGGCUACAACCCUUUUAUGCCCUAUGGUCCUUAUCAUGGUGGUUAUACUCCUCAUGCUCAAUUUUAUGGACCUGAUCCGCAACUUGUCCAUUGCCCAAAAUGUGACCAAAAUACAACAACCAAACUUAAAUUUGUAUACGGUGGAUGGACAUGGUUCUACGUCGUCUUUUUUAUUGUUUUUGGAAUUGUUUUAUUCUCUUGUGUGCCUGUUACUAUCUUCUGUAAUUGUCUUAAAAAUGCAGAACAUCGUUGUGGGCGUUGUGAUACUUUUAUUGGCAAAUAUGAACGUUUCAGUGGAAGGCCUGUAGUUGUAUUACCACCAGAAUGUCAUAAACAUCAAAUAAUGCCCAACUAUCAUAAGUAGAAAAAAAUAGAAUAGUUGAGAAAAUAUAGUGUAUAAUUAAUGUUGUUUUGAUGUAAAUUUGUAUUUGUGUUUUCCGGAAAUGUUUUAAUUUGUGUUUUC